CGCGGACAAGAAAUUAGCAGCCGCCAUCCAUCCAUCGAGUGCACUUCAUAAGUGACGGCAGACCGAAAUUGCUGGGUGACGACUUUUCUUCCUCCCCAAUAGGAAUGGAAACCCUAGCUCUCUCUUCGCCUACGCUUCUCUCCCACCUCCAAACUGCUACUUCCUCCACCCGCCGCAUCUCUUUUCCCACCGGCUGCCGUCUUUCCAUUGCCUCCACCCGCCAACCUCUCCGCAUCUCCCGCAUCCAUACUGUCACAUGUUCAUCAGUUCAAUCCCCAUUACCAGUCAACAAUUUGACCAAGUUCAAAGAAGCUGCAAAGAAUGGGAAUUUGAUCCCGCUUUAUCGGACUAUAUUCUCUGAUCACCUGACCCCGGUGCUGGCUUACCGUUGCUUGGUCAAGGAAGAUGACAGAGAUGCUCCCAGCUUCCUGUUCGAAUCCGUGGAGCCUGGCCUACAGGCAUCCAAUGUUGGACGGUAUAGUGUAAUUGGAGCUCAACCGUGUAUGGAACUAGUCGCUAAAGGACAUCUGGUGACACUUAUGGAUCAUCAGGAAGGGAGGAAGACAGAGGAGUUUGCAGAAGAUCCUAUGACCAUUCCUCGAAAAUUUAUGGAGCAAUGGGAACCUCAACUUGUUGAUGAGCUUCCUGGGGCAUUUUGUGGAGGGUUGGUCGGUUAUUUCUCAUAUGACACAGUGCGUUAUGUAGAAAAUAAAAAGCUUCCAUUCUCUAGUGCCCCGGAGGAUGACAGAAACCUUCCUGAUAUUCAUUUAGGCUUGUACGAUGAUGUUCUUGUCUUCGAUCAUGUUGAGAAGAAAGUGUACGUCAUACACUGGGUACAAAGGGAUCGUUUUCCUUCUGUGGAGGAAGCUUAUAGGGAUGGAAUGAACCGGUUGGAAGCUCUUUCGUCCAGAGUGCAUGAUAUAGACCCGCCAAGGUUGGCUUCAGGAUCAAUCAAAUUCCGCACAAAUCUUUUUGGUCCUUCCUUGGAGAAAUCCAAUAUGACAAGUGAAGAAUAUACAAAUGCAGUCUUGCAGGCUAAAGAACAUAUACUAGCUGGGGAUAUCUUCCAGAUUGUGUUAAGUCAACGGUUUGAACGGAGGACUUUUGCAGACCCAUUUGAAGUUUACAGGGCCUUGAGAAUCGUGAAUCCGAGUCCAUACAUGACAUAUUUACAAGCCAGAGGGUCUAUUCUAGUCGCAUCUAGUCCAGAAAUUCUUACCUGCGUUAAGAACGGAAAGAUCAUUAAUCGACCUCUUGCUGGAACUACAAGGAGAGGAAAGACUCCAAAAGAAGACUACAUGCUGGAAAAGCAACUUUUGAAUGAUGAAAAGCAAUGUGCUGAGCAUAUUAUGCUUGUAGAUCUGGGAAGGAAUGAUGUUGGAAAAGUCGCCAAACCUGGUUCUGUGUCAGUCGAUAAGCUCAUGAAUAUAGAACGAUAUUCUCAUGUCAUGCACAUCAGUUCCACAGUUACAGGAGAGUUACUUGACCAUUUAACAAACUGGGAUGCACUUCGAGCUGCAUUACCUGUUGGAACAGUUAGUGGAGCUCCAAAGGUAAAAGCCAUGGAAUUGAUUGAUAAGCUGGAAGUGAACAGGCGUGGGCCUUAUAGUGGAGGAUUCGGUGGAAUCUCGUUCACAGGUGAUAUGGAUAUCGCACUUGCAUUGCGGACGAUCGUAUUCCCUACAGGAAUGCGACACGACACCAUGUACUCAUACAAGGACUCGACCAGACGUCGGGACUGGGUUGCUCAUCUUCAAGCCGGGGCUGGAAUUGUGGCCGACAGUGAUCCUAACGAUGAGCAGAGAGAAUGUGAGAAUAAAGCUGCCGCUCUUGCCCGUGCAAUCGACUUGGCAGAGUCCUGUUUUGUCGAUAAAUCUUGAAACACUUUUAUUUCAAUAAAAUAUUUAUGAGAAUAAUUGGCUUUGAAAUUGUACAGUUUAUAUUAUUUAUGUUUUGAGUGAUAUUUUUUUUCUUUCACAAACAUUCCCGUUUUUGGCAUAACUCUCUUCAAUUACAGAAAUAAUGUUUUUGGUGAUUUUCAUAUAUGAAAAACCUAAUUUUAUUGCA